AUGAUUGAUACAACCCGAUCUGACUCAAAACCAUCUGUAGUCGAAGGACAUCCCGUUUUCUUAAAUUGCCCCGUCAGUGGACAUCCAUUCCCCACCCUGAAAUGGCUUAAGGACGGAUCAUCCGUAGAAACAAACGACCAAAUCAAAAUAACUGAGAAUGGACAAGCUCUAGAAAUCCUUGAUGCACGAAAGAUCCACAGUGGACGUUGGGUGUGUAUUGCAGAAAAUGAUGCAGGAGUUAAAGAAUUAGAAAUUGAUCUGGAUGUUUGGACUGCACCCACAGUCUCUGUUACAUCUGACUCUCCCAUUAAAGCAAUUGGAGAUACAGUAACAUUGCUCUGUAACAUAACGGGCAACCCUCAACCAAGUAUUUCGUGGAACAAGGCUGGACAGCCCAUCAUUAAUAGUCCUGAAGGAGCCAGAAUUUCACUGAAAGGAACAAGACUCGAUAUCCCACAUCUGACAAAGGACGACGUCGGAGAUUACACUUGUUUUGCUCAAAAUGAAGCUGGAACAGCAGAAGCAAGCAUUCACGUAGAUGUAUUAGUCCCACCAGUUAUUAAUAGAGAUGAUAUUGAUAUGUCACCUCGAUUACCUGCUGGUCAGACGUUAACAUUGGUUUGUGAUGCCGGCGGAAAACCUCCUCCAACCAACAAAUGGCUUGUGAAUGAUACAGAAAUAACAGGUGAAACAGAAGGAAUCACACUAGGAUCAAAUGGAAAAUAUAUCCAAAUAAACAACGUGACUCUGCAAGAUAAAGGAGUUUAUUCAUGCAUUUCUACAAACGUUGCUGGAAAUGAUUCCCUCAUCUUUAAUGUCGACGUCGUUCAAGCUCCAAUUAUCUCAAACGGAGGGGCUCAGCAGGUUAUUGAAGGAGAAUUAGCCAAAAUUGAAUGCUUAGCUGAAGGACAUCCUGAACCACAGAUUUCUUGGCUCCGUAAUGGAAUUCGUGUUGAAACAGGUGCUCAAGGAUUACGGUAUACAGCAAGUGGAAAAGUUUUGAAUGUUUUUGAAGCUCGUAGUUCUGAUUCUGGUAUAUACGUAUGUACAGCAACAAAUGAAGCUGGAACUGCUCAGCAGGCUUACACAUUAGAAAUUCUGGUUUCACCAAAGAUCGUGACUGUAUCUCAAACUGAAUCGAAUGUAGCUAUGGGAAGCGCUUUCUCAUUGAAAUGUGGAGUUCGCGGAUAUCCAGAGCCUGAGAUAACGUGGACAGAGAAUGAAAGAGCUAUAAAUGGAGAAGAUGGUUAUACAAUUGAUGAGGACGGAACUCUUCAUGUGCAAGAAGCUAAAGGACGCGAUUUACAUUACAGAUGUAUUGCCAAAAACGAUGCUGGAUCAGCAGAUGUUGAAUACAGUGUUAAUACAAUCAGUGCACCAAUGGCUACAGGUGAAGAUGAAACAUCUCAAAAUGCAACUGAAGGAAACCCCGCUACUAUUCGUUGUAAUAUUGACGGUGAUAUGCCCCAAAUCUCUUGGCAAAAGAAUGGAAUGGCUGUUUUGCCAUCAACAACAAUAGAUUUUAGUGAAGAUCGCAUGGAAUUAGUGUUGAAAUCAGUUCGUUUGAGUGAUGAAGGAGUUUAUAUUUGUACAGCCAUCAAUUCUGCUGGAAAUGCUACUCAUAAGACAAUUCUUUAUGUUGGAGGUAAUCACUUUAAAAAAAUUUAUUUCAAAAAAUGA